AUGAAAAUAAAUGGAUUUAUAAAAUUAAUUAAAUUAGGUAUUCCUAGAAUUGAGGGGAAAAGAGGAAUUUCAGGGAGAGGAUUCAAAUUUGAUAAAAUUGCAGAAAGUCAAAGUUUAAGUGCCGAAGAAAUUGAAGAAUUUGAUAAAGUAAGUAUGAUAAGUCUUAAGACCUUAAAAAUACCUGACCAUGCAAGGAAAAAAUUACAUAAUCUAGCCAAACAAUUUGUAAAAAAAAAAGAUUUAGAAAAAUUAGGAAGAUAUAUGGCAAAACAAUUAACAAGUCGAAAUUGUGUAGAAUUGCCAAGAGUACUUCCAUCAAAAUUAUUAUGUGAAACAAAAGAAGAAAAAAAUAAAAUCGAAAAAAUGCUUGAUAAAAAAUCUUAUAAAUGUUUAAAAGAAUUUAUAUCACAAUAUAAAAAUAAAUCAAAAGAAAUUGAACAAAUAGCAUUAACACAUGCAGAAGAUUCAAGACAUAAAAUAAAUAUCACUUUUUUUCCAGAAGUUUCAAUAUCAUAUACAUUACAUAAUUUUAAUGGAAAUUAUGGAAUAAUGUAUAGAAUAUUUCAUGAAAUCAAAAUAAGAGUUCCCGAUUUUAUACCAAAAAAUAUUCUAAAUUAUAGUGCAGUUCCAGCUGCUGGUAUUAUUGCAUUUUCCGAAGUUUUUAAUUCCUCUCAUGAAAAUAUAUUAACAAUUGAAUCAUCACAACAUUUAACAUCCAUAGCAAAAUAUAUUCUUGACAAUAUACCAAACAUUAAAUAUCAAAUGAAUUUAUAUGAAAAUUUUGAUUUAUUUGAUUUAAUAUUUAUAUCACAUAAAUUAUUAUCAUUAUAUGAUUAUAAUUCAAGAAAUAUAUUUAUACAAAAUCUUUGGAAUAAAUUAAAUAAAAAUGGAAUUAUUAUUAUAGUUGAAAAUGGAACCCCUACUGGUUUUCGUAUGCUGCACUCAAUAAGGGAAAUGUUUAUUACUGAAUUAAAAUAUAAUAAGUUUCAUAUAAUUUCACCAUGCCCUCAUGAAAAUAUAUGCCCACUAGCUUUAACAGGAAAAGAUUGGUGUCAUUUUUCCCAGCGAAUUCUUAGAUUAUCCCAUCAUAUUUAUUGUAAAGGAACACAAACAAAAAAUAUAGAUGAAGAAAAGUUUUCAUAUUUAGUAAUAAGAAAAUGUGAAGGCCCUCGAACUAAAUAUAAUUCAGAAAAUGAAGCUUUAACAGUUCAUGAAAAAUCUUUUUUUUGGCCUAGAGUUGUUAUGCCCACAAUUAAAGCUGGAAAACAUGUAUUACUUGAUGUUUGUUCAUUUCCUUAUAAUUUUGAAAGGCUUGUUGUUUCAAAAAGUUCAUCUUUAAUUUCAAAUUUAAAAACCAAAACAGGAACUAUCUUAAAAGGAUAUGGUUAUAAAAAGGCAAGAAAAAUAUUAUGGGGCGAUUUGUGGAGAUUUACAAAAAGAGUUAGUAGACCUGAUGCUCGGUUAUAUACCCCUGAUUCCACAAAAAAUAUUUUAUAUCGAUUAUAUUUAAGACAAAAAAGAAGAUCAAACAUUAAAUCAGUAGUGGAUUCAAAAUCUCAAACUUAUUAUAAUUCCCGAUCAAUUCAGUAUUACGGCUCAUAG